CCUUUCUUCAAUCAAUGAGUAGAAGAAGAAGUAAUCUGCUAGACAUUGCUUUCAACAAUCAAUCCGUAACAGAAGAUCAAAGUUCGAAAAUGGCAGGAGUUAGAAGAGUCAAACUGGGUUCACAGGGUCUUGAAGUAUCAGCACAGGGUUUGGGUUGCAUGGGCAUGUCCGCUUUCUAUGGAGCCCCCAAACCUGAACCUGACAUGAUCAAGCUCAUCCACCACGCCAUUAACGCCGGCAUUACCCUCCUCGACACCUCCGACAUCUACGGACCACAAACCAACGAGAUCCUUAUCGGCAAGGCUUUGAAGGGAGAAGUGCGAGAGAAAGUGGAUUUGGCGACUAAAUUCGGUGUCAAAUACGACAGCGAAGCUAUGGAAGUCUCCGGAGAUCCGGCCUAUGUAAAGUACGCUUGCGAAGCUAGCUUGAAGAGACUCGGUGUCGACUGCAUUGAUCUGUAUUAUGUACACAGAAUCGACAAUCGUGUGCCUAUUGAAAUUACGAUGGGAGCAUUGAAGGAACUGGUAGAAGAAGGAAAGAUUAAAUACGUUGGAUUAUCAGAAGCAUCGGCAUCAACCAUCAGAAGAGCUAAUGCUGUGCACCCAAUUACAGCCGUACAGCUAGAAUGGUCCUUGUGGUCAAGAGACGUUGAAGAAGAAAUCGUCCCUACUUGCAGAGAACUUGGGAUCGGGAUUGUUACAUACAGUCCUCUAGGACGGGGGUUCUUCUCGUCUGGUCCAAAGGUGCUCGAGAAUUUGGAAGAUGGGGACUUCCGUAAGUAUCUACCGAGGUUCCAGGCUGAAAAUAUUGAGCAUAACACGAUCAUGUUCAAGAAGGUUAGUGACAUGGCGGCAAAGAAAGGGUGCACCCCAUCGCAGCUAUCAUUGGCUUGGGUUCACCACCAGGGGAAUGAUGUGGUGCCCAUUCCUGGAACCACAAAGAUUGAGAAUCUUGAACAGAACAUUGGAGCUUUAUCUGUGAAGCUAACAGCAGAAGACAUGGCUGAACUAGAAGCCAUUGCUGCUGCUGAUUCAGUCAAGGGUGGUCGAUAUGGUGAUGGUAUUUCAACAUUUAAGGACACCGAGACUCCUGCAUUGUCAUCCUGGAAAGCUUGAUUAAUGCUGCCAGCAUAUUGUUUGUUGCGUAGUGCUAUACAUUCUUUGUUUAAUUUGUGCUGUGCUAUAUAUGCACCGGAUCUGAUCUUACGUUGAUAUGUAAUUUGUUUUCCUGUACCAUGCUUUUCGCUGUCAAAUAAAAGCGAUACACAAUUUUAGGGUUA